UUCUCUUCCCCACUCCAGAUAAUGGAAUUUGCAGAUGUAAUUCGGAUUCCAAAGCUAGAUAGCGUGUUGCUCCAUCGCCCGUUAUCUUCAGGUCCCAUUGAUGGAACCCUCUGCAUAACAGGGCAUCAUCUGAUCUUCUCAUCAAGGAAGGAAACUGAAGAGGAACUCUGGUUAUUGCAUCGCUGUGUGGAUGCUGUGGAGAAACGUCCAGGACCAAAUGGAGGAACUCUGGUCCUCCGUUGCAAGGAUUUACGUGUCAUUUCCCUGGAAAUUCCUGGAUUGGAGGAGUUCGGUAGUAUUGGGAAUACAAUCGACAUCCUCUCCAACAUUGAGGACACAAGACUUCAUUAUCCAUUCUUCUAUCGUGCAAUGCAUGCCAUCUUAGAAGACGGAUGGAUGGCUUUUCUUUUAGAUUCUGAGUUCCCCAAACUCACUCGACACUCAGAUGACUGGCGAAUUUCAGCUGUCAACAGGGACUUUCAAGUGUGUCCAUCAUAUUCAAGUAUGGUCGUUGUUCCACGUGCGAUAGAAGAUGAGGCCUUGAUUGCAUCUGCGGCAUUCCGUCAAGGUGGCCGAUUCCCUGUCCUCAGCUAUAGGCAUUCCAAUGGAGCUUGCCUGCUUCGCUGCAGCCAGCCAUUGGUAGGUCCCAGUGGGCGGAGAUGCAAAGAGGAUGAGCGCCUCUUGAAUGCUGUCAUUACGCAGACACUCAGAGGAUAUGUUGUGGACACGAGAUCUCAAGCAAGUGCCCAGGCUGCACGAGGGAAAGGUGGAGGCUAUGAGAUGGAAACAUACUAUCCACAGUGGAAGAGAAUUCAUAAACCCCUUGAUCGGAUAUCUUCCCUUCUUGAUUCCCUUGUCAAACUCAUGGAUGCUUGUAAUGACACUGGUUCUAGCAUGGAUAAAUGGCUAUCAAGAUUUGAGAGUUCAGUAUGGCUGUCUCAGAUCCGAGAGGUACUCAAUACAGCCUGUGUUGUUGCACAAUGCCUUGAUCAGGAAGGGGCAUCAGUGGUGGUGCAUGGCACUGAAGGUCUAGACACAACUCUUCAGGUAACCUCAUUGACCCAGCUCCUCUUGGAUCCUGACUGCAGAACUAUUCGAGGGCACUUGUGGAGCGUGAAUGGAUUUUGGGUGGACAUCCAUUCCGAAUGCGUCAUUCUCAUAGCUGCUAUGCCCCCUCAACAUUGCGUUCACGAGGGAAUGCUCCCUUCUUCCUUCUCUUCCUUGAUUGUAUUUGGCAGAUUCAUUCCCAACAUCCCUGCAGCUUCGAAUUCAAUGAGGAUUUCCUUCUCUUCCUCUUUGAGCAUGCCUAUGCCUCACCCUUUGGCACGUACAUUCAUGUGUAACAACGAAGCUGAGCUGGUGGAACUGAGGGUAAAGGAGAGAACAAUGAGUAUCUGGUCACAUGUUAAUCGACCUCAAGUCCUUGAAGGCUUCCUCAACCCACUCUAUGAUCCUAACUGUGCAGUCCUCUGGCCAUCUGUUGCCCCAAUGAGUCUGACGCUUUGGCAAGGGCUGUACCUACGGUGGGUGGUGGACAUGAGCCCAGAAAUGGAGAAGUGGAAGGGGAUAGGAAAACUGAAGGAACGGCAAAUGGAACUGCGCUCUCUGGCCAAUCGCUUACGAUCUCAACUGACUGAACUAGAACGAGAAGCUGUGGAUCUUGAUCUCAUCUCUCCUGGCAAUCCCUCCACCCUUCCAUAA